AUGAAAUAUUUGUCGUUUAUUUUUAAAUUUUUUUUAUUAUUUAAUUUAUUAUCAUUAUUAAAAGCAUUUUUAAUUAUCGAUGAAACAAAAAAUAUUUAUUAUAACAAUAGGAUUAAAAGAAAAUUUGUAGAUAAUAGUUCUGAAGAAGAUGGCAAAAACUUGAUUGCAUCACUUCUAACAAGUAAAAAAAGAGGAAAUGAGUUUCUUUAUCUACCUUGGGAUUGGUUUGAAAGUUUUUUUUAUCAAUAA